AUGCUAAAGUCAAGUCUCUUGCGGUCGGUGCUUCUAGGAAUUCCGAUCGGAGUGACCUUUUUCGACUCCAUCGGAUACGUGGCCCGGGUCGAAGGUGUGUCUAUGCAGCCGACCUUUAACCCUGACACAGAAGGAUCUUCAGACUUUGUCUAUUUGGACAGACUGCCGCUUCGCAACUACAGCAUCGAACGAGGAGACGUCGUGUCGCUCAUUUCGCCCAAGAACCCCCGAGACGUGCUGAUCAAACGCGUCGUCGCUCUCGAAGGAGACCUCGUCGUCACCAAGCGCUACAAGAAACCUCUUCUCCGAGUGCCAAAGGGACACUGCUGGGUCGAGGGUGACAACUCCGGCCGCUCUUUGGACUCGAACGAAUUUGGGCCAGUUUCCCUAGGACUUUUGACCGCAAAGUGCACUUUCAUUGUGUGGCCACUGUCUCGGUUUAAGCACCUCUCUGCAGGAGAAGUGCCCAAAGCAAUUUAUUCAGCCUAUUAA